UCGCAGUAAAUGCAGAAUGAGAAGGAAAUGAAAACAUGACUACUCAAAACAAUCCUCUGGAAUGUCUGCGGAGACAUCAGAAUCCUCAGGAUUUUCAGGUCAUUUGGCAAGACAAUGUUGAUCCUGAUGGUAUGAGUUAUGAGGAAUUACUAGAAUUAGGCGAGACAGUUGGAACACAAAGUCGGGGUCUUUCCCAGGAACUUAUUUCUUUGCUUCCAGUUUCAAAGUACAAGUGCAGCUUCUUCACAAGAAAGAAAUCAAGAUGUGAGAGGUGUGUGAUUUGCCAAAUGGAAUAUAAGCGAGGUGACCGGCGCAUCACUUUGCCAUGUAAACAUGCUUAUCAUGUUGGUUGUGGGACUAGAUGGCUUAGCAUCAAUAAGGCAUGCCCCAUAUGUUAUGUGGAUGUGUUUGGUGAUGCAACAAAACGUUAGGAAUCAGCGGUGGACAUAAACUGUCAAAUUUUUCUUGUUCUUUGAUUUUGGGUUUUUUUUUUUUCCCUGCAUACAGAGUUGUUUGUUUCAGUUUUCCUUGUUCUUGUGUCGAAAGGAAUCAUGACUUGGUUUUGUAAUAAAUGAAAUUAGAAACUUUACACAAAAUUGAUAUGUCCGGGGCCAGAGAUGUAUCAGCGUGUGUGGUACUUUUACAUUUCA